GAUGAGACAGGGCCCGUUGAGCUAACACUGAGAUCAGGAUCAAUACACUCUUAGUGUGUGACAUAGUGAAAGGAAACUUUUUCUCUCUUUGAACUUCUCUAAAGAGUCAUUUUGCCUCCUCUUGAGGAUCAUUGCUCAGCCUCAAUGGCCUUUCAGGACCUCCUGGAUCAAGUUGGAGGCCUGGGGAGAUUCCAGGUCCUUCAGAUGGUUUUCCUUUGUAUCUCCAGCCUCAUAGUGUACCCUCAUAUAAUACUGGAGAACUUCACUGCAGCCAUCCCUGGUCAUCACUGCAGGAUCCACAUCCUCGACAAUGACACUGACUCUGCUGAUAGCACUGAGGCCCUCAGCCAAGAGGCCCUCCUGAGAAUCUCCAUCCCACUGGAUUCAAACUUGAGGCCAGAGAAAUGCCAUCGCUUCCUCCACCCUCAGUGGCAGCUCCUUCACCUGAACGGGACCUUCCCCAACAUGACCAACCUGGACACGGAGCCCUGUGUGGACGGCUGGGUGUAUGACCGAAGCUCCUUCUCCUCCACCAUCGUGACUGAGUGGGACCUCGUAUGUGAAUCUCAGUCACUAAAAUCAAUGACCAAAUUCUUAUUUAUGGCUGGAAUGCUGGUGGGAAGCAUCAUAUAUGGCCAUUUAUCAGACAGGUUUGGGAGGAGGUCAAUUCUCAGAUGGUGUUUGCUGCAGCUCGCCAUUACUGACACCUGUGCAGCCUUUGCUCCCACCUUCCUCAUUUACUGCUCACUACGCUUCUUGGCUGGGUUUUCUACCAUGAGCAUCCUGACAAAUAGUACUGUGCUUAUCAUAGAAUGGACAGUGACCCGAUUCCAAGUCUUGGGAAUGACCAUGUUAAUCUGUGCCUCUUGUAUAGGACAGAUAAUCCUAGGAGGGGUGGCGUUUGCCAUUCGAGACUGGCACACCCUUCAGCUGGUGUUUUCUGUACCAUUAUUUGUCUUCUUUCUUUCCUCAAGGUGGCUGGCAGAGUCUGCUCGGUGGCUGAUUAUCACCAACAAACCUGAGGAGGGUUUAAAGGAACUUAGAAAAGCUGCUCACAGGAAUGGAAGGAAGAAUGCUGAAGCAACCCUGAACAUGGAGGUCGUGAAAUCCAUCCUGCAGGAGGAACUGGAGGCAGCACAGACCAAAACUUCUGUGUUUGACUUGUUCCGCACACCCAACCUGCGUAAAAGGAUCUGUCUCCUGUCCUUUGUGAGAUUUGCAAACUACAUGUCCUUUUUUGGCCUGAUUCUCCACCUCCAGUAUGUGGGGGGCAAUGUUUUCCUAUUCCAGGUUAUUUUUGGUGCAGUCAACCUCCCAGCCAAUUGUGUUGCAUUUUUGGCACUGAAUCGCCUGGGCCGUCGAGUUAGCCAGUCAUUCUUCAUGUUUCUCCUUGGAAUCUCCAUUCUGGCCACCACAUUUGUGCCGCAAGAAAUGCAGACCCUGCGUGUGGCUUUGUCAUCUUUGGGAGUAGCAGUUGCUUCUAUGGCUCUCAUGUGUUCUUUUGCCCAUGGAAAUGAACUAGUCCCCACCAUUAUCAGGGUAACAGCUUCAGGAUUCAUGGGAAUUGCUGCUAAUGUGGGGGCAGCCCUGUCUCCCCUCUUGAUGAUCCUAACAGUGUAUUCUCCCCACCUGCCAUGGAUCAUCUAUGGAGUCUGCUCCAUCCUCGCUGGCCUUGUUGUCUCAAUCCUUCCUGAAACCAGGAAUAAGCCUCUGCCUGACUCCAUCCAGGAUGUGGAAAAGGAGAGAAAAAGCUCAAGAAAAGCAAAGCAGGAAGAUACCUUCAUGAAAGUAACACAGUUUUAAGGAAUUCCAGGAACUAACUGCUAAAGAGCAAGAUAAACGAGAAAAAUUGGGAUCAUUCCCAGAUAUUGGCAAAAUUUGGAAAGCAAAUAAAUAAAAAGAUGUAAAAGAAAAAUGGACCUCAUUUACAGUUGCAGUUCUAAAUAACUAUAUAUAUAAAAUGCCUAUAAUUAAUCAUAAUAAGAAGUUUGAUGGAAGUCAUAAUACUUUUAAAGGAAUCAUAAUAAAAUAUGUGUAGAUGCCUAGCAUGUUUCUGGAUAGAAAGAUAGAAUAGAAUUUAAAACAUUGAUUCUGCUCUAAUUAAUAACAGAGUAAUUGAUGGGACAAUUACUUUGGGGACAACUUGAAAAAGAGUUCCAAGUUUAUCUACAAAUUAAUUAUAGACAAGAUUCAGAAAAAUGAAGUGUAUGGAGGGAGCAUGGUGCAAGUAUUUGGGGCAGCAUAUGCUGAAAUGAAAUGCACAUGCAUUUACAAGCCAAAAGAAGUCCAGAAUGAGAAGGUGGUAUGUAGAACACUUAAAAUUUUCUAAUUUGGGCAGCAUAAAUCACUGGUAGAAAUAAAUGAUUAUGUAAUAAAUAUCACUAACUAACUUUAGAAAUAAAUUACUAAUAAUUUGACUUCAUUC